GUCGUCGUAGUCAGCCAUUUAUAUGCGCUCCUUCGCCCUAUCUCUUCCCUUCGAAUCAAGUUGCGGCGUCAGCGGCCUCCUCUCUGCUCAAUCACAGGCUGCAUCGCAAAGAUGGAUGUGGAGAAGCUUAGGAGGAUGGCUGGUGUUGUUCGCACCGGCGGAAAAGGAAGUGUACGGAGAAAGAAGAAGGUGGUUCACAAGGCUACAACAACAGAUGACAAGAGGCUUCAAAGCACUUUGAAAAGAAUAGGCGUAAAUUCCAUCCCUGCUAUAGAAGAAGUCAAUAUUUUUAAGGAUGAUCAUGUCAUUCAAUUUAUUAAUCCUAAAGUACAAGCUUCAAUUGCUGCAAACACAUGGGUUGUCAGUGGGGCUUCUCAGACAAAGAAACUUCAAGAUCUGCUGCCCGGGAUCAUUAACCAACUUGGCCCUGACAACUUAGAGAACCUGAAGAGGCUUGCUGAGCACCUACAGAAGCAUGCGCCUCCUGCUAAGACCGAGCAGGAUGAUGAUGACGACGUCCCUGAGCUGGUGUCCGGAGAGACAUUUGAAGCUACUGCAGACGGAAAUCAAGCUUCGUAGAGAAAUUAUACUUUCAGAUAAUUUAUUUUAGACAUUUCAGGUGCUUGUUAAGUCUUAGCAUUCAAGAUGCAAAUCUUUUUUGUUCUUUCCUUUUCUUUAGAAUGGUUUAGAGUAACUCGCACUGUAUUUGGUGGCGGAGUUCCACCUGAAGCUCAAGAUCAUGGAAUUCCCAAAUGGCAAUGUACCUCGUUUAACUCUUUUUAACAAAUUAUUUUCUCAAACAACCAAAAUUACGGUUCA